AACAGAGCCGAAGAUGGUGCCUAUCAUGGCUGUCAAAACUUUCCAUAUCAAAAUGAAAAGCCAAGUCCAAGACUGAGAAUUUUGACAGACCCAUAUAUGUCUCUGCUUCACUCUUGCAGAAUGUCUUCCUUAAUAAGAUUCCUAACUUUCCUUGCCUCCAACUAGACCAAGACUGUGAGACUCAGAAUUUUGACGGAGCCAUGGCUAAAUAUGGUCCGAGACUGGUUGUGCCGAUAGAUGUGAAGAAAAAGGUAUGGGAGCAGCAACUUCCCCUCCACAACAGGUGGCACCCGGCCAUACCCCCGGUUGCAGAGGUUAAAGUUGGAGAGGUUUUUAGGGUAGAGAUGGUAGACUUCAGUGGAGGCCGCAUAACACAGGACGACACUGCAGAGGACAUCAAGCAUGCCGACCCAUCUAUUGUCCAUUACCUCAGUGGGCCGAUCAGAGUUGUCGACGAGGAUGGGAUACCGGCCAAGCCGGGCGAUCUUCUGGCAGUUGAAAUAUUGAACUUGGGUCCUCUCCCUGGUGAUGAAUGGGGCUUUACAGCAUCAUUUGACAGAGAAAAUGGAGGUGGUUUCCUGACUGACCAUUUUCCCUGUGCAACCAAAGCUAUUUGGUAUUUUGAAGGAAUAUAUGCCUACUCUCCUCACAUACCAGGGGUACGAUUUCCGGGUUUAACUCACCCGGGAGUAAUUGGAACUGCCCCAUCAAUGGAACUGCUCAACAUAUGGAAUGAAAGGGAAAGAGAGCUUGAAGAAAACGGGCUCCAAACUCUCAAGCUAUGCGAGGUUGUGCAUUCACGACCAUUAGCAAACCUACCGACAACCAAAGGCUGCCUCCUUGGAAAGAUUGAAGGGGGCACCCCGGAAUGGGAAAAGAUAGCUAUGGAAGCUGCAAGAACAAUUCCAGGAAGAGAGAAUGGUGGAAAUUGUGACAUUAAAAACCUCAGUAGAGGUUCAAAAAUAUACCUUCCAGUCUUUGUAGAUGGAGCAAAUUUCAGCACAGGUGACAUGCACUUCUCUCAGGGUGAUGGUGAAAUUUCAUUCUGCGGGGCCAUAGAGAUGAGUGGUUUCCUAGAACUCAAGUGUCAACUUAUAAGAGGUGGAAUGAAAGAGUACCUUACACCAAUGGGUCCGACUCCUCUUCAUGUGAACCCGAUCUUUGAGAUAGGUCCCGUUGAGCCGAGGUUCUCAGAAUGGUUGGUAUUUGAGGGCAUCAGUGUUGAUGAGAGUGGGAGGCAACACUACCUUGACGCAACUGUUGCUUACAAGCGAGCAGUACUCAAUGCCAUUGACUACCUCUCUAAAUUUGGGUACUCCAAAGAGCAGGUCUAUCUUCUGCUUUCAUGCUGCCCGUGCGAAGGAAGGAUUUCUGGAAUAGUCGAUUCCCCAAAUGCUUGUGCUACCCUAGCAAUCCCAACAGCUAUCUUUGACCAGGAUAUUCGUCCAAAAAGCAGUAAGGUUCCUGUCGGGCCCCGGUUGGUCCGGAAACCAGACGUCCUAAAAUGCACUUAUGAUGGAAAUUUGCCAGUCACAAGGAACCCUAGCGCCUCAACAUAACUCUUAUCAGGGUUGCUCAAUAAGCCAAGGAGAUACUAGGAAUGAUACCUUCUACGCCAACAAGGCAUUUAUGCAUAUCUAUUGCCUACAACAAAAACAAACUUUUACCCUGAUACAAAUGAUUAGUAUCACCAUUCUCCUUGAAGUAUAUUUCUAUAUUUUUCCUUGCAUAACUAUAAAGCAUCUAUGUUAUUGGCACUAUUUAAAGGUGUUUUACCCCUUCUAGACGUAACAAUGUCCUCUACUACAAAAGAAGGCUCUGUUCAAUAGACUAAAGUACUUGAAAGGUGCUAAUUUUAGUUUGCCAGCGUAAAGUUUUUAAUGUUGGCUUAUUCGGUGAUCAAAAUGAUAUUUGUAAGUCUUUUUAA